CUAUCUCCAACUAUUGAGGUAACAAUUUAGACAAGAAUUUUUGAGUUCAUAAGUUAAUUUAUGGUCUACUUGUAAAGCAGUUCUUAAGUUUCUAUUAUUUAUUUAGGUAAUUUAUAACGAUUUUGAAAAUAAAUAUGUGGUUUUUAACAUUAAAUUUGAUCAUAUUCAGCGUGUCUGCAUGCAAGUUCAAUGUUGAACAAGCAAUGAAAAACCAAUUAAUCAUACCAGAUGUCAUUCCUGUUGCUCCAAAGGAAAUGUUACAAGUAUAUUAUUCGAGUGGUUUAAAAGCGGAACUUGGUAAUGAACUAACACCUACUCAGGUGAAAGACCAGCCAUCAGUUAAAUGGAACACUGAACCUUAUUCAUUCUAUACAUUAUGUUUAACUGACCCAGAUGCUGGACCUGAAUUAAAGGAAUUUCAUCAUUGGUUGAUAGGAAACAUACCAGGUGCAAAUGUGAAUAUGGGAGAAACACUAACUGCAUAUGUUGGUUCUGCAACUCCACCCAAAACAGGAUAUCAUCGCUACGUAUUCUUAGUAUACAAGCAACCAUCAAAAUUAGUGUUUGAUGAACCGCGUAUAAGCAAUAGAACUGCUGAAAAUCGUUUUAAGUUUUCAAUUCACAAAUUUUCAAAGAAGUACAAAUUAGGAACACCUGUUGCUGGUAAUUUUUAUCUGGCACAAUAUGAUGAUUAUGUUCCAAUAUUACUUCACCAACUCGGACUUCAGUAAUUGAUUAUUAACAUACAAACCAGAAUUUUAAUUAACUUAAGUGGAAGAAUGACUUAAUAUGUCAGUUACAUUAAAGUAAUG